AUGUCCCCCCUCAACCCCACCGCAACCCCCUUCCUACCCGCCAUCUCCUCCCUCCCCACCCUCCCAGAUACAACCCUCACCUCCACCCUCGACCUCCUCUUCGAACCAACUUCCGAACUCCAUUCCCUCGCCCUCCCCACCAUCCGCACCUGCUCCUUCGCCUCCUACGACGAGCUAAUCGACACCCUCCGAGGCCAGCUGCUCACCAUCGCCUCCCAAGUCCAGGACGACUCCGAGGGGAAAAAGAAGCUGCAUCACGUCCUGGGCAGCCACCCCAGAUUGGGCGCGCCAAAGGUGAAGCAAGAGGACGAGGAGUUGAGCGAGCAGAGCAAGAAUGAGCAAAAGCAACUCAGGGGAGGGGAUGAAAACGAGGCGAGGAGGCUGGCCGAGCUGAACGAGGAGUACGAAAAGACGUUUCCGGGGUUGAGGUAUGUCGUUUUUGUGAACGGGCGGGGGAGGGGGGUGAUUAUGGAGGAUAUGGAGCGGAGGAUCAAGAGGGGUGAUAUUAGGGAGGAGGAGAAGGAGGGGAUACAGGCAAUGUGUGAUAUUGCAAAGGAUAGGGCGAGGAAGUUGUUGAAGUCUGCCGAGGAGGCUGUUUAG